AUGCCGACCAUGAGCACCAGGGGGGCUUCACUGAAAGGUUUGUUGCUGGCAGCCCUUCUGGGGUCCCACAUGCUUCUGACAAAGGAGGGAGUGACCUCGAUGCCAAUCUGCCCCAAUGGAUCCGUCAAUUGCCAGCUUUCCCUUGAGGAGCUUUUUGACCGAGCAGUUAAACUUUCACACUACAUUCACUAUCUCUCUUCGGAAAUGUUCAAUGAAUUUGAUGAACGCUACGCCCAGGGCCGGGGUUUCAUUGCAAAAGCCGUCAACAGCUGCCACACUGCGUCCUUAACCACUCCUGAAGAUAAGGAGCAGGCUCAGCAGAUUCAUCAUGAAGACCUUCUGAAUUUAAUUCUGGGAGUUCUGCGUUCCUGGAAUGAUCCCCUGAUCCACCUGGCCUCUGAAGUACAAAGAAUCAAAGAAGCUCCAGAAACCAUUCUCUGGAAGGCUGUGGAGAUUGAAGAACAAAACAAGCGACUUCUAGAAGGAAUGGAGAAAAUAGUUGGGCGGGUUCACUCUGGGGAGGUCGAAAAUGAGAUUUACACUCCAUGGGAUGGACUUCCAUCCCUGCAGCUUGCUGAUGAAGACUCCAGACUCUUUGCCUUUUACAACCUGCUGCACUGCCUCCGUCGAGAUUCCCACAAAAUUGACAACUAUCUCAAGGUUUUGAAGUGCCGCCUAAUCCACGAUAACAAUUGCUGA